AUGAGCCAGCUUCGAGCCAGCAGGCCGGGACUCGGGGUGUGUGUCGUCAUCUGCAUCUUCCUUUUCCUUUAUUUAAGGAAUCCAGUUCCUGAGGACCCAGAGGAGGGGCCCACCUCCGCGGGAGGGCUGGAGUGUGGCUUUUACCCAGAUGAGCUGUGUUCAGCGUUAUUUGAAGGGAAACCAGCAGCCCCCCAGCUUGCAAAAUUCUGUAAGAUCUCUCAUCAAUCCCAAAUACUUGCUCACUUACACACAUCAGGAAACUGCUCUGGCAUUUCCCAGGGGCUACGUUUUAUAACCAAACCCCUGUCGGCAGAAGAGGGCAACUUUCCCUUGGCAUAUAUUAUCACUGUUCCUAAGGAGCCGGCGUCGUUCGUGCAGCUUCUCAGAGCGGUUUACGCGCCUCAGAACGCUUACUGCAUCCACGCCGACAGGGAGGCCUCCGAGCAGGCCAGGGCUGCCGCGCAAACUCUGGCCGGCUGUUUUGAAAACAUUUUUAUUUCAUCUGAGAGAGAGAAGGCAACUUCUGCUGCUGUCACAAGACUAGAGGCAGAUAUUAACUGCAUGGAGGAUCUAGCUCAUCCCAAAUUCCAGUGGAACUACGUCAUCAAGCUUUGUGGACAGGACUUCCCAAUCAAAACCAACCGAGAAGUCAUACACUACCUCAGGAGCAGAGCGAGGGAUAAAAACAUCACUCCAGUCAAGGCCCCAAAAGCUACAUCCACGACAAGGCCGCGUCGCCCCGACUCCAGUGCUGAAGAACCUACCCACGUGUCUCCAAACAGAAGAGCCCACGCCGAGCCGCCCCACAACAUCACAGUUUAUUCUGGCAGCGCUUACUUUGCUCUGACGAGGAAGUUUGUAGAGUUUGUGCUGACUGACAUUCGUGCAAAAGACUUGCUGCAGUGGUCCAAAGCCGUCGAGCGCCCCGAGCAGCACUACUGGGCGACCCUGAACCGACUGCCAGAUGCUCCGGGUGCCACACCGCACGCUGCCUGGGAAGGACACAUUUGCGCCAUUAAAUGGAGAAAUGAGGAAGGCAGAGCUCACAACGGAUGCAAAGGUCACUACGUGCAGGACGCCUGCGUGUACGGACCAGGAGACCUGCCAUGGAUCAUUCGGUCGCCUUCUCUGUUUGCCCACAAAUUCGAGUCCUCGGCAGACCCACUCGUGGUCACGUGUCUGGAAAGGUGGCACAGACGCCAAGUCCUAGAGCAGGCAGAAGUGCCCCUGGAGCCACAAUGGCACUUUCAAGAGGAGAGGCCUUUCCCAUGA